UUAGCGUACAAUGCAAUACAAGCAAUCACUCUCGAUCUCUAAAGUACACAGCAAACCUUUGAUAUAAUAAUUUGGGGUGAGAGACCCGGAUAUAUUGCGGAGUUGGUAGAUAAAUCUUAUUUAACCGAGAUUUGACAAUGGCGUCUAGAAGAUGGUUCCACCCAAACAUCUCUGGGAUGGAGGCUGAACAGCUCCUUCUCAACAAUGGUUUUGAUGGCUGCUUUCUAUGUCGACCUAGCAAGAGCAACCCGGGUGACUUCACACUAUCAGUCAGGCGGAAUGGUGAGGUGACCCACAUCAAGAUUCAGAACACAGGCGAUUUCUUUGACCUGUAUGGAGGUGAGAAGUUUGCUACCCUGGCUGAGCUGGUACAGCAUUACACAGAGGGCAGGAAUCAACUCAAAGAACGCAACGGUCAGAUGAUAGAACUCAAAUACCCCCUCAACUGUGCUGAUCCAACCAAUGAAAGAUGGUUCCAUGGUCACAUCACUGGUAAGGAGGCAGAGAAGUCAUUGGUGGAUAAAGGCAAGAAUGGCAGUUACCUUGUCAGAGAGAGCCACAGUAAGCCGGGUGAUUAUGUACUGUCUGUACGCACUGAAGACAAGGUCACCCAUGUCAUGAUCAGAUGCCAGGAUACCAAGUAUGAUGUUGGUGGAGGCGAGCAGUUUGAGACCCUGACAGAUCUUGUAGACCACUACAGGAAAAACCCAAUGGUGGAAACAACAGGCUAUGUGGUGCAUCUCAAAGUGCCUUUCAAUGCUACCAGGAUCUCUGCAUCAGGGAUCAGGAAUCGAGUAGAGGUCUUAGAGAAGGAAACUAAAUCCAGAGAAAACUCCAAGAAAGCUGGAUUCGAAGAAGAAUUUGAGGCAUUGCAAUUGUUAGACAAUAAGCAUCUCCUCCCAAGGAAAAUUGGUGAUAAAGCAGAAAACAAGAGCAAGAACCGUUACAAGAAUAUUCUUCCAUUUGACCAUUCAAGAGUUAUUAUCAAUGAUGGUCUCCCUGGUGACUAUAUCAAUGGCAACUACAUCGAUUUACCAAAGGCAUGGAAGAACAGUAUUGAGCUUCAGCAGCAAGGUGAAAAUGUGGAGAAGAUUGACAUGAGUUGGGAGCAUCAGAAACGGUACAUUGCUACACAAGGUUGUCUGAAGGACACGGUACCAGAGUUCUGGCGAGUGGCCUGGCAGGAGAACUCUAGAGUCAUCGUCAUGACAACUAAAGAAGUGGAAAGGGGGAAGAAUAAAUGUUGUCGUUACUGGCCUGAUGCUAAUACUAAGAAGGAUACCGGAGUAAUCACUGUAACGCACAUCUCAGAACAGAGCAUGGCAGACUAUGAUCUCAGAGAGUUCUCUAUGUCUCAUAAAGACUUUCCUGAAGAAUCGAGACCAAUGUUUCACUUCCACUUCAAGAGUUGGCCUGACCAUGGUGUACCCUCUGACCCUAGCAGGGUCCUCAACUUCCUCCAAGACGUCAACAAGAAACAAGAAACAUUCCCAGAUGCUGGCUCUAUCAUUGUUCAUUGCAGUGCUGGCAUUGGAAGGACAGGCACGUUCAUUGUCAUUGACAUCAUUCUCAACCUCAUCAAACAACAUGGACUGGACUGUGAGAUUGAUAUCUAUAACACCAUCAGGCUUGUAAGACAGCAACGCUCAGGUCUGGUACAAACGGAGGCACAGUAUAAGUUUGUCUACAGGGCUGUUCAGCACUAUAUCGAGACUCUGUCACAAAGAGUAGCUGCAGAACAGAACACAUUGAAGACUGGACGUGAGUACAUCAAUACGAAGCGAGCACACUAUGAGGUUCAGCAGCAUCACACUCCUGGUUCUACUCCCAUCCUGUCACCAGCUAUCUUGAAUGAAGAUAAGAAUGUCUACCAGAAUGUUGGACCUAUCAACAACAUGUCAACACCAAUUCCUCCUAGGGCACGCCCAGCGCAGCCUCCCGUUCCAAAGUCCAACAACAUCAAAUAACCUGCCCCUUGAGAAACCAGUCAUUGGAGAGUAAACUACCACAAUUAUGAUUGGACCCCAGCUUCAUCAUAGACUACAGCAGAUCAACGUCAGGUGCAGAUGUGUACAGGACUCUUUAUGUCUUCUAUUAUUUAUUUGUUGCGAUAGCCUGUGACUAGGCUCACAAUUGUUGGAAUUUCAACAAACUCUUCCAUUUAUAUGUACGGGACCCUUCAACUCGGUGCGAUGGUUAGAAUGAAAUGAAUCUAAUGACUCUCAUUUGGGAGAAAGCCAUGCUUGAUUAUUUGUGAUCUCGCUGUGAUGUGUAUUUGAGGUGCAUGAAUAAUAUCACAUUUUCACAUUUAUUCUAAGUGUAUUAAAGCAUGUCCUAAUGCUUCAGCAAUUUUUUUCUAGAUUUCUGGAAAUGUAUAGGACUAAAAAUGUUUUGUUAACCAAAUGUUAACAAAAGUGUUCACAAAAAAUGUUAAAUGCUGAACUAAGGUCCUACAAAGGUUGAAGAUUAAAUAGUUAUGUUAGAUACAUAUACUUAUAGAUAAUACAGAGUUCUGCAGGUACAUGUGAUCUGGUUAUUCAUGUAUGUGUAUGCAGUACCUUAUCUAAUAUCAAUGUAAUUUAAUUUUUAAGUUGACCUUGAAGGUUUAUUGAGACGCAAGUGGAAAUGCAAAGAUUCUUUGUGAUGUAAAAAGUAAAAUGUGGACAGCUCUAACAAUGUACCAGCCACAUCCAUUAAUAAGAUGUGUGUGUUCUUAUAGAUCACAGGAUUAUGGUGAUUAAAUAUUUAUUUAAUUAAACCAUUAGGACAAGAGAAUAAUUACAGUAUUUUUAAAAUGCAAACUAUGUAAAUGUAGAUUGUGUAAUGGACUAGGAAAUUUGUCAACUUGUAAAUCAGGCAAAACUGGUUGAAAUAAAAGAAAUUGAUUCAGAAUUUUCAAAGAUGGAGUUGAAGAUCGGUUACAUGUAUUGAAGAGUGAAGUUACACAAAUUACAUUUUAAUGUUGAUUAUCAUGUGGCAUUUGGAAAUUCAUAACUAAAGACUAAUUCUGUAUUAGUUUCUGGAUGCAGACUCUGUUGUUACAGUUACUAGAUGUCGCAUUAUUACAUCAUGUGAUAUCACCUUUUCAUCAAUGUGCUUGAACCUUGCCUGAGCAGAAAGAGCCAAAUUGGGCACAUUU